GCAGGAGAGUGAUAUAUCUGUUUAAGAGUUUAUAAGUACAUCAACUUAUCUAUCACUCGAAUCAAUGAAUGCAAAGAAUACUCGUACUCCGUACGUAUCCCUGUCAAGACAUGCCAUCCCAUUCGUCGACAUGAUUCAUGCGUCUCAACACGUCGCUCUGAGUUGUCAUGACACGUCAUGGACAGGGGUAUUCCUAUUAUAUCUGCUUCAUCGAGAAAGAAAUCGACCGUCGAUCAAACGACAGGAGAUGGGGGGAAAAAGUAAGAAAAACGCGAAAAAAGGGAUCAAAUCUGAGGGGACACAGGAAAGCCACGAACGCCACGACCACGAAACCCAGAUGGUUCAUACAGGCGAAUUGACGGAGAGUCUGAAGGGGUUCUUCGUGUCCGGCCAAUUCUCCGAUCUGACGAUCCAUUCUACAGACCAGGAAUUCAAAGUGCAUAGAUUGGUCGUGUGUGGGCAGUCGGAAUAUUUUUCUCUUCUCUUCUCGAAGAAGUGGGCAGUAA